GUCCGCGGGCACACUGCUUGUGUGUGCAUUUUUCGUGAUAAACAAUUUUUAAAAACAAUUUACCCAUAUUUGCGGUGCAUUAAUCUGUUAAAAAUGACGAAAUAAAUCAGCCGGAAGUGUUCGAUUCUACGCACUAUCCGCCCGCUGAUAGCUAUACCGGUUAUCGGGUGACUCCACCCCAAGGCAAUAACAACAAUAACAACAAUAGCAAUAUCCAUAACCAUAAUCACAGCAACAACAUCAGCAGCAGCAGCGGCAGCAGCAGUAACAACAACAGCCACAGAAUGGACACCGACGAUGUGGAAUCGAAUACCAGCAGCGCGAUGUCCACCCUGGGGACACUCUUCUCGUUCACAUCGCCGGCGGUGAAGAAGCUGCUGGGCUGGAAGCAGGGCGACGAGGAGGAGAAAUGGGCUGAGAAGGCGGUCGAUAGUCUUGUGAAAAAGCUGAAGAAACGCAAGGGAGCCAUCGAGGAGCUGGAGCGAGCGCUGUCCUGUCCCGGCCAACCGUCGAAGUGUGUGACCAUUCCACGAUCAUUGGAUGGACGAUUACAGGUUUCACAUCGCAAAGGCCUGCCACAUGUGAUAUAUUGCCGCGUGUGGCGCUGGCCCGAUCUGCAGUCGCAUCAUGAACUGAAACCGCUCGAAAUUUGCCAAUAUCCAUUCAGCGCCAAACAGAAAGAGGUCUGCAUCAAUCCGUAUCACUACAAGCGCGUGGAGAGUCCCGUCCUGCCGCCCGUCCUAGUGCCGCGCCACUCGGAAUUCGCACCAGGACACUCGAUGCUGCAGUUCAAUCACGUGGCCGAGCCAAGUAUGCCGCACAAUGUGAGCUACUCGAACACCGGCUUCAAUUCGCACAGUCUCAGCAAUAGCAACACAUCGGUGGGCAGCCCCAGCUCCGUCAACUCCAAUCCGAACUCGCCAUACGACAGCCUGGCUGGCACACCACCACCUGCCUACAGUCCCUCGGAGGAUGGCAAUUCCAACAAUCCGAACGAUGGCAAUCAGCUGCUCGACGCCCAGAUGGGGGAUGUGGCGCAGGUUAGCUACUCGGAGCCGGCCUUCUGGGCCUCCAUUGCCUACUAUGAGCUCAAUUGUCGGGUGGGCGAGGUGUUCCACUGCAACAAUAACUCCGUCAUAGUCGAUGGCUUCACAAAUCCAUCCAACAAUUCGGACCGCUGCUGUCUCGGCCAGCUGAGCAAUGUGAAUCGGAAUAGUACCAUAGAGAAUACGCGACGUCAUAUAGGUAAAGGCGUUCAUUUGUACUAUGUGACCGGCGAGGUGUAUGCCGAGUGUCUCUCCGAUUCCGCCAUAUUCGUGCAGUCCCGGAACUGCAACUACCACCAUGGGUUCCAUCCGAGCACCGUGUGCAAAAUACCGCCCGGAUGCUCGCUCAAGAUCUUCAACAAUCAGGAAUUUGCUCAACUCCUCUCACAGUCGGUGAACAAUGGCUUCGAGGCCGUCUACGAGCUGACGAAAAUGUGCACGAUUCGCAUGUCGUUCGUCAAGGGCUGGGGGGCGGAGUACCAUCGCCAGGAUGUGACGUCGACGCCCUGCUGGAUCGAGAUCCACUUACACGGCCCGCUGCAAUGGCUGGACAAGGUGCUCACCCAGAUGGGGUCGCCGCAUAAUGCAAUUAGUUCGGUAUCCUAAGUUUAAGACACAAAACAAAAACACAGAAAAACAAACAAACAAAAAAAACCAGUAGCUAAAUGAGUAUGUGUGUGUGUACGCAAGAGCAAAGUAUGUAAAAGACGUAGAAACAGGACAGAAAAGAUAAAAGAGAUCCCAUCUAAAGGGGAGUGAAGAGAAGAAGUAUAUUUAGUGCCUGAAGAUGAUCAUAAGAGUUGACAUUUUGAUGUCUAUAUUAUGUGUAUGUGUAAGCAUAGAUCUAUAUGCCCCAUAUAAACACUAUCCAGAUCUAUCCAUAUAUUUGUGGAUAUACAGACGUAUGUAUAUGGAAAGCUACUCAAAAAACCCGCCCUUUGCCUAUAUUUUAUAGUUUAUGAUCGUAUGAUUUUCUGUGCGAAUGUCAUUCCUAACGCUAAUACAAAACAAAACGAGAAAAAACGCAAAAAAAUGAACAAACAUUUAUGUAAGGAACCAGCUACAAAAUGGUUAUAACUAUAUACACACAUGAUCUAUAUAAAAUAAUGAUCUACCUAUAUGCAAUGCAAUGCUGUAUGAUGCCCAUUGGCAAAAACGUUGUUGUUCAAGUCUAUUUCAAGUGCUACUUAUGUGUCAUUGCAAAAACUGCUUUAAAAUAAAAAUGAAAAAUAUAUAAAAAAAGCAACAAAAAGAAGAAAAAAACACCUAAUUAUACCUAUCCACUUAAAGUACAUAAACUAAAGAGAGAGUUUACAAAAGAACACGAUGAAAACUUUAUGCAAUACAUUUCUUAAAAUGAUUUUUUUAUAGAAGAAACCCCCAUUUAUGUUCUCAUUCUUUGCGGUUGGCUUUUGAUCAACGAAUUCAAUGUUUUACAAGAGUUGAUUUAAAUUUAUGGUUUAACUAAUUUUAAGUUGAAAGUACUAUAGAAAAACAAACGAAAAAAAACUAAAACCAUAAAAAACACUGCAAUUGAAAAAUGUUUAAUUUUAAUUAAUUACUUUUUGCAAACAAUGAUCUUUUGUUAUUUUAAGUACAUUAUUUACGUUUAAUUGAGGAAGGAAGCAAUUCAUUU